UUUUUUCGUUUUGUUUUGUUUUUUCACAAAAACAGAUUACAUUAUGUGCCAUGUUGUCCCAUUGAUAAUAUAAUUAGGAAUUCAUAACAGAAUUAGAAAUUAGAUUCCUUCCAGCGUAAUGAAAAAAUAAAAUCCGUUCACUUGAUAAUCCGAUAGGGUUGAUACUGAUUUCCAAGGAAAGAGCUGAACUUCCACGGCAAGCCCAGACACAUAGCAGUGGAGAUGCAUUUCGUCACUCCAUUCAGUAAUAAAACGCAGGGCAGAGUUCCUUCGUUGCUUCCUGCUUACAUUUUAACACUAAGCACUUAACAGGACAGAGGGACAGAGUCAGCCACAGUGAUCCAGGAGCAUUACAUCAUGAAUUGUGAUAAACACUCUCCUAGGAAGUUUCCUAUGAAGUACUGAUAGCUGAUGUAUUGCUCAAAGCCAGUGUUAUUAUACCACAGAUAUUCUGAAGAGCUCUUCGUCUUAAAGAAAACACUGUGUGCAGAACAUUUUGGACUACAAGAAAGCCAUGGAUCUCAGCAACCAACAAGGUGACCCAUUAGGCGUCUGGUCCAUCGUCUUCGUUUCCCUGUACGUAUUGGUCUUCGUGGCUGGCCUGCUCCUGAACUCCAUGGCCGUGUGGGUGUUCUUUCAAAUCCGCACGCAGAAACGAACCUUCAUGCUAUACCUGCGCAACAUGGCGGUGGCUGACCUCCUCAUGACCCUCACGCUACCGAUCAACAUCCUCACUGAGGCCAAAGUGGCAUCUUCGGGUCUCGAAGGUGUGUCUUGCCGCUACACGGCCGUGCUCUUCUACUGCUGCAUGUACGCCAGCAUCCUCUUCCUCGGAUUGGUGGCUCUGGAUCGCUACCUGAAGAUCGUGAGGCCGUUCGGUGGAACAUGUGGCGCUUGUCUUUACAGUUACUCCUUCACCGUAGCCAUGGCUGUUAUGGUGUGGUUAGUUAUGAUCGCUCUUUCUCUUCCCAAUGUAAUACUGACUGAUAAGCCAGUAACAAAGAACAUGACUAACUGUGCAGAGUUAAAGAGUGAGGUGGGUAAAAAGUGGCAUGGAGUGGUGAUCUACAUCAACAUACUGAUCUUCUUCCUAGUUCUGAUCACUCUGCUCACCUGCUACAUAUCCAUCUACAGACACAUCCAUCGAUCCUCGUCCCAGUUCAUCAUAGUCGGAGAGACAACCCAGCGUAAAGCCAAGAAAGGACAGAACAUUUUUGUGUUACUGGUUGUGUUUUUUAUCUGCUUCGUGCCUUAUCAUCUAUGUAGGAUCCCGUUCACUAAAAGCCAGACUGAUGGAGUACAAAUGAAUUUUACAUUGCUGAAUGGGAAAAAGGCAACACUCUUGUUGUCUAUGUUCAAUGUGUGUCUGGACCCGAUAAUUUACUUCCUCAUGUGCAAGUCUUUUAGGAGCAAGCUAUGUCAAACACUGGGAUUCUGGACACUCAGUGACAAAAUGUCCAUGUACUCUCCGACAUCGACAAGGAAAACAGCGGUAGUGAUGCGCUUCAAGGAAAGCACACCUUCAUAAGAAUAAUCAAUGUAGUGUGGACUUAAAGUCUAUAUAUAAAUUAUGGCAGCUGAUAAAUACUGUAUCACAUAUGUACAGUGCCCUCUACUAAUUUUGGCACCCUUGGUAAAUAUGAGCAAAGAAGGCUGUGAAAAAUUAUCUAUAUUGUUUAACCUUUUGAUCUUUUGUUAAAAAAAAAUUCACAAAAAUACUCUGCUCUCAUGGACGUCAAACAAUUGCAAACACAACACAGGUUUAUUAAAAAAAAUCUACCUUUGUUAAAUAUAGGUGUGCAACAAUUAAAAAAAUAUAUGAAAUCUGAAAAAAGCUGUGAUGUACGGCAAAAGGCUAUAAGAAAAUAGCAGAAACAUUGAAAAUGCCCAUUUCCACCAUCAGGGUAAUAAUUAAGAAGUUCCAAUCAACUGGAAAUGUUAUGAAUCAACCUGGAAGAGGACGUGUGUCUAUUUUGUCUCCAUGCACUGUGAAUCACUGUGAUCACAGCUGCAGAAUUGCAAUAGUUAGUCGUGUCUUGGGGUCAGAAAGUCUCUGAAACUACAAUCUGAAGUCACCUAAAUCACCACAAGUUGUUUGGAAGGGUUUCAAGAAAAAAGCCUCGACUCUCAUACAGAAACAAACUCUGGUGUCUUCAGUUUGUAAGACACUACUGGAACUUCAAAUGGGAUCGGGUUCUAUGGUCAAAUGAAACCAAAAUAGAGCUUUUUGGUAAUAAACACCAGAGGUGGUUUUAGCGCACAAAGAGAGGUAGCCAUAUGGAAAAGUACCUCAUGCCCGCGGUUAAAUAUGGUGGUGGCGUUUUGAGUUUUUGUGGCUGUUUUUCUGCCAGAGGACCUGGACAUUUUGUUAGCAUACAUGACAUCAUGGACUCUAUCAAAUAUCAACAGAUAUUAAAUGAAAACCUGACUGCCUCUGCCAGAAAGCUUCAAAUGGGCAGUGGUUGGAUCUUCCAGCAGGACAAUGAUCCAAAACAUACAUCAAAAUCAACACAAAAAUGGUUUACUGACCACAAAAUCAAGAUCCUGCCAUGACCCUCCCAGUCCCCUGACUCAAACCCCAUAGAAAACCUGUGUGGUGAACUGAAGAGGAGAGUCCACCAGUGUGGACCUCGAAAUGUGAAGGAUCUGGAGAGAUUCUAUAUGGAGGAACGCUCUCAGAUUUCUUGCCAUGUAUUCUCCAACCUCAUCAGGCGUUAUAGGAGAAGACUCAGAGCUGUUAUCUUUGCAAAGGGAGGAGCACAAAGUAUUGACUAAAAGGGUGUCAGUAAUUGUUGCACACCUAUAUUUAACAAAGAGAUUUUUUUGUUUACAAUUGUUUGAUAUUGAUCAGAGCAGAGAAUUUUGUAAUUUUUUUAAUUAAAAAAAUUAUAAUAAAAAAAAGAUCAACAGAUUAAACAAUAAAGAUAAUUUUUCACAACCUUCCUUUGCUCAUAUUUACCAAGGGUGCCAAAAUUAGUGGAGCUAUUUUAAGCAUAUCGAAACUGGACAGUUGAAGACAAAAAAAAAAAAUAGAAAGGAAAAGAAAGAAAAAGACCAGCCCGUGGUUCUCCAGUCUUCACUCGUCCACGUUCGUUGAGCUUGUAGCCUCAGAUUCCUGUUCUUGGUUAACACGAGUGGAACACGAUGUGGUCUUCUGCUGUUGAAUUUCAACAUGUACAUUCUGAGAUGCUUUUCUGCUCAAUGUGGUUGCAACGCGUGGCGAUUUGGCGUGCUGUAGCCUUCCUUCCAGCUCAAACCGGUCUGGCCCUUUUCCUCUGACCUCUCUCAUCAACAAGCAAUUUUCACCCACAGAGGUGCUUAAUGUUUGUUCCAUACUGUGUAAACUCUAGAGACUGUUAUGUGUGAAAAUCCCAGGAGAUCAACCGCUUUUAAAUACUAUGUUAAAGGUGUAUCUGUAUGAUUUCCUGCCUUACGCUGCUGCCACUUGAUUGGCUGAUUAGCUAAUUCUGUGAAUAGUAUACAGAUGUUCCUAUUGAUGUGGACAGUAAGUGUACAUACUGUAAACUGUAUAUAUACACCUGUGUAUAUGUUAUUUUUAUUAUCAGAAAUAUAUAUGUACUGUUUGAUCAUUGGCUUAUUCCUGUUUAUAUUAUAUAUUUUUUUAAGUUCAAAAUAACUUAAAGUAUCUAACCACUGUUUGUUGUAGUUGAUAAUAUAAAACUGAAUAAUCUAUAUUCGGGUACAUAAAGCUCAUCUCUUUUUAUAUGAAUGGAUAAUAAUGAGCACUAUUUAAGGAUAUACGACUGUUGUGAAAUCAUGUGGAAUGACUAUAAUGAAUCCUCUUUGAUUAAAGCUACUUUUAACAUUG